GUGAUGAAUGUGCGUGUAAGCAUGCAGGGCGAUUGCACAGGUACACGUGUCAUGGAUGCCAUAUCGAGAGAUUCUGCACAGAUCUCAUUCAUUCGCCCACACCUAGCCCGGCCCCACUUGCCUCGCCCUCUCUAUCGAUGGGCACGGCAGCCGCUGCUGCUGCUGCAGCGGAAGACGGCUGUGCCACUGCUGCAGAACUGCACAGACACGCACACACACAGAGACGACAAAUCGCUUCAAGUCACGCUCGCGUUUUGGUGUAUACGCAUACCUUGAUGAUGUCUCUACGCGGCCGCCUGGAGGGGAGCUGGUCAGACUGCCAGAGUACUUGACAUAGCGCUCCUCCUUGCGCCCGGCCAGCGACUGCCCCACUGCCGCGACCACCAGCCCCCCGUCGAUCUCUGUCCCUGGCUGAGGCCGCAAAUGCGUCAUCUCAGGAUGCACAAAACCCGCCGGCUCGCGGCCCACACGCUCAGCUGGUCCCGCCUCCGUCAAGUUGAUGAUGCCGGCUUUCUCCGCCUGUUCUGCGGUGCUCUGGAAGGCCAUGCGGGCUCCCGUGGUCUUGGUUGCGACGCUGCCGGCGCCGCCCUCGAUCUCAUAUGCCGAUGGGAGGUUGACGGAUCGCCAGUCGAUGCCGCUCAUCUGGGGCUCGACCAUCUUGUCUUUGACGGUCAGCACCUCGUAUGGCACCUCCACUACGCGCUCGACGGGCACCUGAGCGAAGAGCGAGAUAGAAAGAGGUGAGAACGGCGGAGGGAUGGGGGGUGGUCUGCUGGCUGUUUGUUUCCUUGGUGCAUCGAUGCACCCACCCACCUGUCGUUUGACCACGAACGGCACCUCGACGUAGACGGGCUUGACCUCGUACUUGGGGAUGGGCUUCUCCACAUACACGUCCUUGGUCUCGUAUUGCACCUACACACACAUGUGGGCAUCCAUCGUCAUGUCCUUUUAUGGAUGUGUGUGAGUGUGGUGGGUGUUGUGCAGUGCAGUGCAGUGCAUCGUACGUGGGGCACUUCGACGAUUUUUUCGACGAGCACUUCUUUGUAUUGGAUUUCGGUCCGCUUGACCUCCCUGACCUUCUCCUCAUACACAGUCUCCACCUGAUACUCGACACGCUCAACAGGCACCUGACACACACAAGGGAUAAAAAGGGACCAGCGGCGUCUGUGUCUCCAGUGCCUGCCUUGCCGUGAUUCAUUGUCCUCGCUCACCUCUCUGUAUUCGAUGUGCGGGACCUCUACGAUUCGUUCGCGUAUCUCUGUGGGCCCGGGGAUGGCCAUGACCUUCUCGACGGUCUCCACCUCGGGGAUAACAAUCACCUCCUCACGCUCGCCACUGAGACGUACACAGACGCAGAAACACAACACAUGCAGUGGACGGAAGGAUCUGCCUGGCUGACGUCUCGGCUAGUGUGUGCCUUCUCUCUGCGUGUCAGCCAGCCUACAUGUAUUCGGGGACUUCGACGAUUUUCUCCACGAUCUGCACCUGCGGCACCUCCACUAUCUUCUCCUUGAAGUGGCGGACGGGAACCUGACAAAGCGACAGGCAGGGCAGGGCGUGCCGUGACAUGACAUGACAUGACAUGAUGGACGCCUCUUGUCUGGUGCGUGUGGCUGUCUGGCUGCGCAUCCUACCACCACUUCGCGCUCCUGUAUCUCGAGUUUCGGUAUCUGCACAAACUUCUCCAUUGUUAUGAUCUCAGGCACCUGAGAAGCACGCAGGAAGAGAGCCACACACAGCCGACAUGACACGGGGGGUCGCAAACGUGGGCGAAUGUGUGUUGGAUCUGCUGCCUGCCCCUCGCACACACAUACCUCCACCACGUGUUCCCGCAUUUCGAGAAGGAACUCAUCCACCACCUUGCCGUCGUCCCUGCAAACACAAUGAAGGCUCUCCUUCCAUCCCCGUGCGAUUUCUUCAUCUGUGUGUGUGUGGCUGACCCCAUCCGCUGCACACGGUAGGAGUCGAUGAAGUUGUCGGCGACCACCGUGCGGCUCUCGUAGUCCACACGCCGGGACAACACCUUACCAUACUCAAACCCUGCACAAUCAACCGAGGACACAGAUGAACACAUGUAUUUCCAGUGGACACUUCUCCUCCUCCCAUGCCUUUUGUGAUCCUCACCAGCCUCCUCCCUCUCCUCCUUUUCCUUGUACUCGGGCAGAUAGCAUGGCACCGUCACCUCACCCUCCUUGCUGAUGCGGAUGGGCUUCGAGCAAAUGCCGCAGAUGAUGUGGUCUUCUAUGUCGGCCAUCUCGCCCUCUUUCUGGUAGAAGGCCAUGAUCUCUUUCUGGUAGGGGCACAGCCGACAGAUGGCUGGUGGUUGACGGAUGUGGAUCCUCUGCUGCUGUUGCUGCUGGAGCUGCAUCUCCUUGAUGAGCCUGGUGCCGGCCUGGAUCUUCUGCUGCUGUUGGGCUUCUGGUCGAUAAGCCUCCCUAUCGGUGGAGAUGCCAUCCUUGUACCCCUCCUCAAUCAGCCGCUCCGCGAUGCGAUACCGGUCCCCCCCCGCCGACUGCUGGAGAACCGACAGAUCCUCAUGAUGCCUUAUGUGCGCCCCCCGAGAGAUCUCGUACACCUGUCCGUCAUAGUCGACCGUCGUGGAGCUACCCGCACCCAUUUCGUGGAGCAGGAGCAGGUAUUUAGGGUUUCACGGAAGAGGUAAAUCUUCUUCCGGAGGUGUUUGUUGUUGUAAGCGACUGAUCCGUUGUCCCAGUGUGCAUUUCUG